AUGGCCUCCUCUCUUCGCCUAGGGAGCUCUUUGCUCCGUUCAUCAACCAGACCUUUGGUCCAGAAAGCCGCCUUCAAUGGCGUGCGCUGCGCAAGCACCCAAUCCCUAAAAGAGGUCUUCGCUGCUAAACUCCCUGGCGAGAUUGAGAAAGUCAAGAAACUGAGAAAGGACUAUGGCUCAAAGGUCAUUGGCGAAGUUACACUGGACCAAGUCUACGGUGGUGCUCGAGGCAUCAAGUCUCUAGUCUGGGAGGGUUCCGUGCUUGACUCAGAAGAGGGUAUCAGAUUCCGUGGAAGGACUAUCCCCGAAUGCCAGGAAGUGCUCCCCAAGGCUCCUGGAGGCGAGGAGCCUCUGCCCGAAGGGCUGUUCUGGCUUCUUCUGACCGGCGAGGUUCCCAGCGAGCAGCAGGUCCGAGAGCUGUCUGCCGACUGGGCAGCUCGAUCUGAUCUUCCCAAGUUCGUCGAGGAACUCAUCGAUCGUUGUCCCAGCGACAUGCACCCAAUGGCUCAGUUUUCGAUUGCCGUUGUUGCGCUCGAGCACACCUCGGAGUUCGCCAAAGCCUACGCCAAGGGCAUCAAUAAGAAGGACUACUGGUCAUACACUUUCGAGGACUCGAUGAACCUCAUUGCCAAGCUGCCCACGAUUGCUGCGAAGAUCUACCGUAACGCAUACAAGGAUGGCAAGGUGGCCCCUAUCCAGAAAGACAAGGACUAUGGCUUCAACUUGGCCAACCAGCUUGGCUACGGCGACAACGCUGACUUCGUUGAGCUUAUGCGUCUCUAUCUCACCAUUCACUCUGACCAUGAGGGUGGCAACGUCAGCGCACACACCACUCAUUUGGUCGGAAGCGCUUUGAGCUCUCCUAUGCUCUCCCUUGCUGCUGGUCUCAACGGUUUGGCCGGUCCUCUCCACGGUCUGGCCAACCAAGAAGUCUUGAACUGGCUCACUAAGAUGAAGGAGAGCAUUGGCGAUGAUCUCAGCGACCAAAAGAUCACCGACUACCUGUGGGAGACCCUGAACGGUGGUCGUGUCGUUCCUGGCUAUGGCCAUGCCGUCCUCCGCAAGACGGAUCCCCGCUACGUGUCUCAACGCGAGUUCGCUCUUCGCAAGCUCCCCAAUGACCCCAUGUUCAAGCUGGUCAGCCAGGUCUACAAGAUCGCCCCUGGUGUUUUGACAAAGCACGGAAAGACCAAGAACCCAUACCCCAACGUUGAUGCUCACUCCGGCGUCCUCUUGCAAUACUACGGAUUGACCGAAGCCAACUAUUACACUGUCCUCUUCGGUGUCUCGCGCGCCCUGGGUGUCCUGCCGCAACUUAUCAUCGAUCGUGCUCUCGGUGCACCCAUCGAGCGCCCCAAGUCCUUCAGCACCGAAGCCUAUGCCAAACUCGUGGGUGCUUCAUUGUGA